AUGAAGGUAUCUUAUCUGUGGGCUCGACCCGAAAUCAACCCAAUCAAUCGCAAGGCUCGCUCAGUGCCCUUCUUUAACCCCAUCGACGUCUAUGGGCGGGUAUUCUUCUUUUCCUGGUUUGGUUUCAUGACUGCAUUCUGGGCUUGGUACACGUUUCCACCACUUCUGACCCACACUAUCAAAGCCAAUCUGCACUUGACACCAGCGGAGGUAGCAAAUUCGAACAUCGUCUCAUUGGUCGCAACUCUCGCUAUCCGUUUCGUUGCCGGACCGCUUUGCGAUCAAUUUGGUCCACGAUGGGUGUUCGCCGGCCUCCUUUUCGUGGGAUCCAUCCCUCUCGGCCUCGCACCACUUGUUCAGAACGCCAGUGGUCUCUACGUCAGCCGCUUCUUCAUCGGUAUAUUGGGUGGUGCUUUCGUUCCUUGUAUGGUCUGGUCGACUGGAUUCUUUGACAAGAACGUUGUGGGGACUGCCAAUGCUCUCACUGGUGGCUGGGGCAACGCUGGUGGUGGUAUAACUUACUUCAUCAUGCCCGCCGUGUUCGACUCGCUGAAAGGCCGCGGGCUUUCAGAUGGUGCAGCUUGGAGAGUUACAUUCAUCGUUCCUCUGAUCAUUGUCCUCGCUACAGCUCUUGGUAUGAUCUUACUGUGCCCUGAUACUCCAACUGGAAAGUGGUCCGAAAGACAUCUCCAUGCGGAAGAAAACCUGCACCAACACGGUGUUGAGACACCAACGGGGGGUGUCGUCGACGUUCCUGGAGUUGUCGUGGAUAAAGUCCCUAGUAAUGUCACUUCCCCUUCCAGUGUGGAUAAGGAGAAGGAAAGGCAUGAGCACAAGAGCGAGAAGCACUGGGAUCACGAAGCUGCCCUAUCCAAGGAUGAGAUGCUCGAGACAGCAAAGGGCGAAAUUGUCAACAAGCCAACCUUCAAGGAGGGGUUGAGAGUGUUACUCUCUUUGCAGACGGCUUUCCACGUCUCGACGUACUUCUGUUCUUUCGGUGGUGAGCUUGCAAUCAACUCUAUCCUCAGCGCCUACUACGUCAAAAACUUCCCUGCGCUUGGACAAACCAACGCUUCCAAUUGGGCUGCCAUGUUCGGGUUUCUGAACUUCGUCACUCGACCCCUUGGUGGAAUGAUCAGCGAUAUCGUUUAUAGAGCCACCGGUCGCAACCUAUGGGCAAAGAAGAUUUGGAUCUUGGUUUGUGGUUGUGUUACUGGUGUCCUUCUCAUCAUCGUUGGCAGAGUCGAUUCGCACAACCAGUCAACCAUGUUCGGCCUGAUCGCGCUCAUGGCCAUCUUCCUAGAAGCCGGCAACGGAGCAAACUUCUCUCUCGUGCCUCACGUCCACCCACAUGCCAAUGGUUUUGUGUCUGGUACUACCGGCGCAGGAGGCAACUUGGGAGGUGUCAUCUUUGCUAUCAUCUUCCGCUUCAUGGACAACGGCACCGACUACGCCAAAGCAUUUUGGAUCAUUGGAAUUAUCAUGAUUGCUAUGAAUCUGCUCUUUUCAUGGGUAUCGCCGCUACCAAGGGGCCAGAUUGGCGGUCAUUAA